AUGCAACAGUUUAUUAUUGAUACGCGACAACAAAUUUUAGGUAAUGAAUUAAUAAAUUUUUGUUUAGAUUCAUGGGAUUGGCUUAUUGCUUGGUAUGAUAUGGUCCCGUUACCAAGUAUGAUUGUAAUAUUAGAAAAAUAUUUUUUUCCAAAAUGGCUACAAGUACUUAAUAUUUGGUUAAGUACAAAUACAAAUUCUCAAGAAAUCCAACGAUGGUAUAUUGGUUGGCGUUCAUUAAUUCCACAAGCAAUUAUCAAUCAUACAAUAAUUAAAAAAAUAUUAACAGAAGGUUUAAUGAUGAUUGAUCGAAAAAUAUCAGGAACAUUAAAUAUUCAGCAAACAUCUGCAUCUCAAUCAUCUGAAAAUGUUAUUUAUAAUGCCCACACUUUGAGAAACCUUAUUUUUUCCGUUUCUUAA